AUGGAUGCAGGCCGACGGCAUGGCACUGCAGAUGAAUCUCACAAUCCUGAUUCCUUUGACGAUGGAUCCGAAGGUAUCCCAGACGAACCGGGAGACGAUUACCUCGCCGAGGACUGGAGAGGAGGUGCGACCAGACAGGGUAGUCUGAGCCGCCGAGGAUGGCGAAACUGCUACUCUCGACUUUCAAAUGCAUUUGGGCAAUUUAAGCCACCAUCAUUCAACCUAGACAGCUACCAGAGCGUGACCAGUGAAGAUGAUCACAAGUCCGAGACUGUGAGGACGACGGGAAUGUUCGGCCCUAUCCGAGACAUUCUGUUCGCCUCCAAACUGAACCUCCUGCUGGUCUUUGUCCCCAUCGGUGCGGCCGCUUCCUUGACCGACUUGCCUCCGUUGGCGAUAUUCACCACAAACUCCAUCGCCAUCAUCCCACUCUCCGUUCUCCUUACCGAUGCGACCGAGAGGAUUGCCGCCGAGGCCGGCGAGACCGUCGGAGCUCUCCUCAACGUCAGCCUGGGAAACCUGGUGGAGUUGAUUCUAUUACCUCGUGUCGACGCUCCGCAGUCGCUUACCGAUACUCCUAGCAUCGCCUUGGCCAACGGCCAGACCCGCGUUGUUGAAUCGUCCAUCCUGGGAUCUAUCCUCGUCAACAUCCUCCUCAUCCUCGGCUCGGCGCUCCUUGCCUGCAGCCUGAACGGCGCCGACAAUUCCUACAACGCAUCAGGCACCCCAUUGCUGGGCAGCCUUCUCUUCGUGUCGGUCUUUGUCUUCAUCAUGCCGACUACAUUUCGCUACACAUUCCAAGACGCACCGCAGGCCGACGACGCCACGCUGAUGAUGAGCCGGAUCACCUCGUGCGCCGUGCUCUUCAUCUACGUCCUGUACCUCAUCCACGAGCUCAAGUCCUCGGGGUCACGCCACAGUGCAUCUGGCCCACAGUCGGACGAUGCCGAGGCCCACCGAAGGACGCCUGUCGUCCAGACCGUUGUCCAGCCGCCGACGCCGAUCCAGGAAGAGCACCUCGUCUCCCCGCUGCUUCCCCCCCCUCGCACCAUCAAAUUUGCCGGAGACGAAGACGAGGAGGAAGAGCACGAGCCUCACCGCAGGCACCACCAGCCGAGGAGCCAGCCGAGCGACCCCGAUUGGAGCAACGACGAGUUCACCAUGGACGAAUCAUCCGACACCGGCGGACGGCAGGACAUGCACGGCCCGAGAAACAUGGCCUCGGCGUAUCGCCGGGGCAUGGUGGGGUCUCAGGGGGCCGGCGCCUCGCGGAAUACCUCGCGGGCCUCGCUGUCCCUGAGCUCCGGGCCCGCCUAUCUCGGCCGCAACUCGGCCGUGGACCCCCAGGCCAGGAUGGCCUUCAUGCGGUCCGGCCUGCCCACCAUGCGCGCCAUGAGGAGCAGCAUGGACGACAUCAGGCCGUCGCUCGCUUCUCUGCCCCCGAGGGUGAGGCGGAACACGACGGCCGAGAGGGUGUCGUCUGUGCUUGUGCUGAUAGUCAGCUCGGCCCUGAUGUCGAUGAAUGCCGAGUUCCUGGUGUCGACCAUUGACGAGAUCACCCACCAGGGCCACCUGUCCGAGGCCAUGAUCGGUCUCAUCAUCCUGCCCAUCGUCGGGAACAUGGCCGAAUAUGUCACGGUCGUCUCGGUGGCCGUCCGCGAGAAGCUGGACCUUGCCAUUGCCGUCUCGGUCGGGUCCUCCAUACAGAUCGCCCUGGCUGUUGCGCCGCUCACCGUGCUGGCCGGGUGGAUCAUGGACCGCGACCUGUACCUCACCUUCAACUUGUUCGAGAUGGCCAUCCUGAUCGGCACCGUGCUGCUGGUCAACAUCAUCAUCCUCAGCGAUAACGGUGGCGACUCGACAUCCAACGCUCUGAGAGGAGGCCUGGUUUGUGCAUGCUAUGCCAUCAUAUGGUGA